AUGUUUUCGUCGAGCCAAGAGGAGUACUGCGCCCCAUCCAAAGACCCUGUAAAAUACGGGGAACUUGUGGUGUUAGGGUACAAUGGCUCACUACCCAACGGAGACCGGGGAAGACGGAAGAGCAGAUUUGCUCUGUACAAGAGAACCAAAGCCAACGGUGUGAAGCCGAGCACUGUGCACAUCCUCAACACACCCCAGGCCUCCAAGGCUGUUAACAGUAAAGGCCAGCACAGCAUCUCCUACACACUGUCCAGGAACCAGACAGUGGUGGUGGAAUACAGCCAUGACAAAGACACAGACAUGUUCCAGAUUGGGCGCUCCACAGAAAGCCCCAUUGAUUUCGUGGUGACAGACACUGUAGCAGGAGGCCAGGAGGGCGAGGAGAACCCCAUCACUCAAAGUACCAUUUCCCGCUUUGCCUGCCGCGUGGUCUGUGAACGCAACCCUCCCUACACCGCCCGCAUCUACGCCGCCGGCUUUGACUCAUCCAAAAACAUCUUCCUCGGGGAAAAAGCUGCAAAAUGGAAAAAUCCUGAUGGUCACAUGGAUGGACUUACAACAAAUGGUGUCCUGGUUAUGCACCCAAAAGGGGGUUUCACUAUAGACUCAAAGCCUGGCGUCUGGAGAGAGAUCUCUGUGUGUGGAGAUGUGUACACUCUGAGGGAGACCAGAUCAGCUCAGACCCCUGGAAAGCUGGUGGAACAUGAGAGCAACAUCCUUCAGGACGGCUCUUUGGUGGACCUGUGCGGAGCCACACUUCUCUGGCGCACGGCAGAGGGGCUCUUCCAUACUCCCACACAGAAACAUUUGGAAGCUUUGAGGCAGGAGAUAAAUGCAGCACGUCCGCAGUGCCCUGUGGGACUCAACACCCUGGCCUUUCCCAGCAUGCAACGCAGCCGUGCCCUCUCCUGUCUUGAGGACAAGCAGCCCUGGGUCUACCUCGCCUGUGGCCACGUUCACGGCUACCACAACUGGGGCCACCGCUCAGAGCAGGAGGCCUGCCCCCAGCGGGAAUGCCCCAUGUGUCGCAUGGUGGGGCCCUAUGUGCCGCUCUGGUUGGGCUGUGAACCUGCCUUCUAUGUGGACACCGGGGCCCCCACUCAUGCCUUUGUGCCCUGUGGACACGUGUGUUCAGAGAAAUCUGUCAAGUACUGGUCUGAAAUCCCUCUGCCUCAUGGAACCCAUGCCUUCCAUGCGGCCUGCCCCUUCUGUGCCAGCCAGCUCAGUCUCCCUCAGGGCUGCUCCAAGCUCAUCUUCCAGGGCCCUGUGGACUGA